AUGGCACAAUUUCAACCAGCUAGCUGGAACCCUGCUGUGGCAGUCAUAACAUGGCUUCUAAUGAGUGUUACUGCACUAGCGGUCAUAUCCCGACUCGUAACCAAAUGGCUGAUGGUUGGAGGGUUGACAACCGAUGAUGCCCUCAUCGUUACAUCGCUUGCAUUUUCCAUUGGAAAUAGCAUUGCAAUCGCAAUGGCCACUACCCAUGGCUUCGGUAAUCACACCGAUGCGAUCAUAGCAUCCAUGCAAGAGGUUGUGAUGAAGUCGCAGCUCGCCGGGGCACUGCUGUUUAUACUGAGUUUGCUUUGCUCCAAAUUGGCCAUGAUUGUCUUUAUCUGUAGCCUUACGCCAGCUCCCCGAGACCGUGUCCUCGCCCGUGUUGCUCAGGGGCUGGUGACAGUAACUGCAGUGACUGGCCUUUUCGGGACAGCCCUCCAGUGUCAUCUUCCAAGAACCUGGGACUAUCUCAAUGGGCAGUGUAUCGACCGUGCUGCCUGGGUCGUGUUCCUUGCCGUCACGAAUGGGGUAACGGACAUCGUGAUCUUUGUCCAAGCCAUGGUGUUGAUCGUCCAUGUCCAAACUACGUGGAGGAAAAAACUGGUGUUUGCCAGUAUUUUCAUUCCGCGGCUCCUUGUUGUCGCAUCAAGUAUCGCUCAAAUAAUCCUUACCAAAGCCAACACCCCUUCUACUGACCCCUUUAUCAACGCAGCCCCCAGGACAAUCUGCAUGGAGAUCACCCAAUCUCUCAGUAUCGUCACAGCUUGCUGGGGUCAGCUGAAGCCUUUCCUGGUUCGACUCCGUUCUAACGCAUUCUGUCUCCAAAACAACAAAUGGUCCAGUACCACUUAUAACGGCGGGUUACGAGCACCACACACCUCUUCCACAACUAAGGGAGCACUUUCGGAAUCUGGGGGUGAAUUGGUUCUGUCCCCCAUGUAUGGGACAAAGACGAAAAUAUCGACGUCGCGGGCAUCCGCGGAGUGGGAGUCUCAGAGUCAAUCAAGCGAGACGUAUAUCAUCCGGGAAACCAGGACAUGGACUGUGGACCUUCCGACAGCGUCAAGGGUCCCGAUUACGGUGUCAGGGAGCGGUAAUAUUGGGAUGUGA